AUGUCGCAGUGGAAUCAAGGGGGCCAAUAUCCUCCAGAUCCCAACCAAGCCUAUUACGCAGGCCAGCCGGGCUACCCGCCACCGCAGCCCGGUUACCCUCCGCAGGGAGGUUAUCCUACGGCUCCUCCGCCUGGUGGAUACCCUCCACCGGCAGGAGGAUACCCUCCCCAGGCUGGAGGAUACCCACCGCCGCAUGGCGGAGCUGGAUUUCAACAGCCACCUCCUUAUGGAGGCGGUGAUCCAUAUGCAGGUGAACAUGUACCCUUCUCUAAUAACGCUGGUAAUUAUGGAGGCGCUUCUGGCUACGGCGAAGACCCCGAAGUCAAGGGUUUCGAUUUCAGCGAUCAAAGCAUCCGAAGAGGAUUCAUUAAGAAAGUGUAUUCCAUAUUAUCGUUACAACUGGGCAUAACAUUAGCGUUUAUCUGCUGGUUCCUCUACCACCAACCGACCAGGGUCUACGUUUACCAUCACAUCGGGUUGUUUUACGCGUCCUUAGUGCUCGUAUUUGUCGCUCUCAUAGCUCUGGCCUGUUGCGGGGAAUUGAGAAGAAAGGCGCCCGCAAACUAUAUUUUCCUGCUCAUAUUCACGCUGGCAGAGAGCUUCUGUCUAGCUUGCACUGCGUCCACUUACAAGGCAGAUGCCGUGGCGAUGGCGGUGGGCAUAACGGCUGCUGUAUGCGUGGGUCUCACCCUAUUCGCCUUCCAAACGAAGUGGGAUUUCACCAUGAUGGGUGGCAUCCUGUUCGUGGCCGUUUUGAUCCUGUUCCUGUUCGGAAUUAUCGCUAUUUUCGUCCACAACAAGAUCUUUCAGCUGCUCUACGCGUCUGUGGGAGCUUUGAUAUUCUCUGUGUAUCUCAUCUACGAUACGCAGAUGAUGAUGGGCGGGAAGCAUACGUAUUCUAUUUCGCCCGAAGAAUACAUAUUUGCUGCCAUCAACUUGUACGUCGAUGUUAUCAACAUAUUCAUGUAUAUUUUGGCUAUUAUAGGAAGAGCGAGGGAUUAG